AUGAGUGAAUUUCUUCUGCAAGCACCGCCGGGGGAGCUCAACGAUGUUCUCAGUGAUGUCAGAGCUAUCUCUGGCACCAGCGACGCUGUCUUUGACGAAGCUAUGCUGCCCACGCUCGAGCAGGUCGACGUCGAACAGCUCACUGUCGUGCAUCUGCCUCACGCAACAGCUGCGACAGUCUUGUGCAGUGACGCCGUGCUAGUGACUAAAUCGCAAAGGCUUUACAUCGAUCCGCGACAGCGACAAAGCUUUGCCUAUGAUCCUCUGACAGGCUCAGUAGGCCAGCUCACAAGCUAUUCAGUCGACGAUGCGCUCGAGCGACUACGUACAGCUCUCGAUGGUGCAAUGCGUGGAUAUGUUGCAGAUCACUAUGCACAAGGUGCCGUCGCCGUCUUCGCGUGUGGACAGCGACCACUUGCAAACGAGACGAACGAGGCACAGACCGGAGAACUUGCCAGGUCCGCAGCGCAGAUGGACGAGGCCGCACUCGAUGUCCAAGACGAGACUUCACCGACUAUGAACGCUGACGGAGUCGCAAUUGACGCCAGCAAUGCGCCGGAUGCUCCCUCACCCGCUGCCAUACCGGACAAUAUGGCACAAGUCGACGACGCGGCAAAGCAACAAGACAUCGUCAUGGCACCCUUUGAACCGCAACAGCCUCAAGUGGAUGCUGAGAAGCAGCACCUGUAUGCGAUACACCUAGUAGGCAACAAGUACAAUCCAGAGAACUUCUGGACCGGGCGUUGGCGCUCAAGCUACUGCAUCGACAUCAGCGCGGGCACAAUAUCCGGUACGAACAAGCUUACCGUGCACUAUUACGAACAAGGCAACGUCCAACUGCGAGCUGACAAGGUUGUAGCACUUUCCUUUGGCGCAUCGUCAAAAUCAGACGAUCAAGUCAGCAAGGCCAUCGUAAAAGCCAUCGCAGACAGCGAGAGAAGCUAUCAGACGACACUCAACGCUGCCUACUCAGAGCUGAGCGAGAAGACUUUCAAAGAGCUGCGGCGGGGACUGCCCAAGACGCGCCAGAAGCUAGACUGGGCGAAGAUCUCAUCGUAUCGACUCGGUGCAGAGCUGUCCAGGAACUGA